AUGGCACGGGGCACAACAAAGAAAAUCGCAGUGGCCAUAAAUAAACCAGGACAGAAGGGAGCUACUGCCUCAGCCUCAGCUCUUCAGGAACAACGCGAAGAAGCACGACAAACACUGCUGAAGGCGAAAGGGACUCGAUCGCAGUAUGCCAGCCAUCUUGAACGGGGCCGAUGGUUUCUCGCGGAUGUUGUUGAGCAGAAGAGAACUGCCCAAGCAGAGGGCACUCACUCUCAGGCUGAUGGCGAGUCUGAUAUCGAUGCAUACAGUCGCAUGUUUGACAUCAUCCCUAACAGAUACUCGGCAUCAGCACUCGAGCUGUUCCUUGUCCAGAAGGAAUUGACAGAGGGACGGAGUUUGAGCACAAUGUGGGGCAUCUUCUCCACAUUCAAGGAUAUGUGGAAGAACACAUACAUCUUCAAGGGCGAGACUUACUGUGGUCCCUAUCACUGCGAUGAGGGCACUGGGGUGGUCACAGGAAACCCAGCCUUGUCUGUGGCUGCACAGGAUAUGAUGGAAGUCCUCAAGAACAACGAGGGUGCCGAAGGUGGAAGCAGAAAUCAUGUGUCAGCCAUGACCAUCAAGGACAUGCAGAAACUCAUGGCCUGGUCCUAUAGCCAGUGUCCAGAUGGAAUUGUCAGCCAUGCCACUUUGCCCUCAUCGCCUCAGGGACUCAGACUGACUGGACUGAUGCAUGCACUCAUUUACCACAGGAAUUUUGAACUGAUAAAAAUCAAGCAGAAAGACAUUGUUUGGAACUGCCAGGGACGCCCACCCUAUGGCAUUCCCUUCGACCUUGUGAGCCUCAUCAACCAUAAAGGCUGGCAGCGGAAGGGGGAAAUUGAUGGUGCACUUGAAGGUCAUGAGUACGAGGUCUACGCUCAGCCGAAGACCCCCGAAAUCUGUAUGUUCACACACCUGCGAGCUUGGGUGAGUUUCCUAGAGGAGGUACUUCUCCAACGGCCCUUGCAACCUGAAGAGUACAUCUUUCUGUGCAUCGGUGCAAAUGGUGUCGUCUACCCUUCUGACGAGCUGUCCUACAACACUGUCAUGAAGACACUGACCUGGAUUUGCGCCAAGGCUGGGCUGACAGCCAGGUACACCAGCCAUUGCUUCUGCCGAGGUGGUGCGAGGUAUCAGUUUAUGUUCGCACCCCUCGGAGAGUGCUGGUCACUAUCUACAAUAUGUUGGUGGGUUGGCCUGCUAAUCUGUAAUCUCACCCGAUAUGAGAAAAAUCACCGGGACGCGCUGUGCCCAAUUCCUCGGGAAGGCAACAAAAGCUUCAACAGCGACCACAUUUUGACAGCACCCAUCACCACAGCGGAAACACGUGAACUCAAGAUGUCAUUUGAUCGCGAACUGAACCGCCUGUCUGGUAAAGUCAAGGAAGUCCUAGACAAACUAACUCUUUCUCCGGCCUCAUUCCCUUAUCCCUCACUCUUGCCGUCACCUUCACAACCUCCAAUCUCGGUCCAACAAACCAUGCGCCAUCAGGCCACCAAUCCACCCUCUUUGCUGAGCAGCACAGAAACUUCUUCGAUACCCAGCCCGGUUCCUGUAGACUCGGCUUCUUCUCCCUUUCCUCGCAUCAUCCCCAUACUGCAGGUGCCUCCCUCUGACAGCCGUCAGUAUAGCUGUGGUGCAGCAAAAAAGACAGCUCCCAUCCCUGGCAUCGGAAUCCCAGACCUCCUGCAUGGACAAGAGGCAUGGCUAGCUGCUGUAAAGCAGUGGGAGGAUCCUGCAGCAUCCAUUGGCAGCAAGGCACUGAAAGAUUGGCCGGAGGAGUGGUACACUGGCCCUAUGCAUACAAUCACUGGUGUGAAGCGGAACAUCCACAAGGUGAUUGCUAUCGAGUUCUACUGGCUGCAGCGGGACCAUCAAGUUUUUCUGGAAGCAUACCCUGAGGCCACCCGCAGUGUCAAGCCACUUUUCGAUACCAUCCAGUGCCAGCGUGAGGGAUGCAGAGAAAUCACCAGUCAAGCAAGCAAGAAUGGCCACCCAGAAGUCCAAGCAUCCUCCUCCUGCUGA